UCUCUCCGCCGCUUACAAUGUCAGUCAAGCUCUUCGUCCUGUUCGCCCUCGUGGCUGUGGCCUGCGCCGCCCCCCGCCCCGAUGCCCCUCCUUCCUACGGGCCCCCGCCUACAAGGAGCCUGGCAUGCCCUUCGACUUCGCCUACGCCGUCAAGGACGACUACACCGGCAACGACUUCGCCCACGACGAGACCAGCGACGGCAAGGUCACCUCGGGAUCCUACCGCGUCCUCCUCCCCGACGGUCGCACCCAGAUCGUCACCUUCACCGCCGACCACCACAGUGGAUACGUCGCUAACGUGGCCUACGAGGGCGAGGCCGCCUAUCCUGCACCCAAGCCCGCCGCCUACGCCCCUCCCCUCCCGCCUACGCCUAAACACCAAGCCUUCCUCCUUCGCCUGAUAGCAACCAACACCUAA